AUCAAAACACAGAUUGAGGUGAACUUUAGCAUCUUACAAUGAAAAACAAAUAAAAAAAGAGCAAUUUUAACCAGAGGAGACACAAUAUAAUGUUAGAAGAUUGUUUUGCUAAACUGUUCGACGUGAUUCUUAAUUUAAUGUGAAAUCGUAAUAUAUAAAUUAUAAAUGUCUUCUAACGUCUUAAAUCAAUGGCAUGGAUUUGUAUUUUCAUUAGAGUGUAGCAAUGGAUAGAUCAGCAAUGGCUUCAGAAUCUAUGUUUGGGAUUUUGCCACAUUUUUGUCUUAUAUUAAUCUCCAACUGCUUAAUUUUAACAUCUUCAUACAUCAAAUUGGGAGAAAGUAGAGACUUGGAUCUUCCUCCUGACAGCAGUACUGUUGAUCCAUUGGCUGCUUUACUUCCGCAUUAUAUAAAGAAAUCUAAUGUGGAUCCCUAUCUCACAAGAAAUGUCACCACACAAGUUGGACAGACUGUUUAUCUCAACUGUAUCGUCAACAUUGUUGGAGAAAGAGCUGUGUCUUGGAUUAGGUUGAAAGAUUUUCAUUUGUUGACUGUUGGAGAGUAUACUUACACAAGUGACACUCGAUUCCAAAGUGUCUACAUGCAAAUAAGUAAUAAUUGGGCACUCCAAAUUAAAUAUCCACAAGUGGCAGAUGAGGGACUGUAUGAGUGUCAGGUCAGCUCCUUCCCAUCCAAGAGUGUUUACUUUAGACUGUGGGUAGUGGUACCUGAAGCUAAAAUAAUGGAAGGUCCAGAUAUGUAUGCGGAAGUAGGAAGUUCCAUCAACCUAUCAUGUGCCAUUGCGGACAGCCCAAAAGCCCCAGCUUAUGUAUUCUGGUACAGUCACAGUUCAGAAGGGUAGUGGAAAUACUGCAGU